UAAUAAUGAUUACAAUUUUACAUCUCUACAAUACAUUUUAAAGAUUUAAAUAAAUAGUUUAUAAAAAUCUUUUUUUUUUAAAUGAAUAUUGCUAGAACACUGUCUCAGAAUAUUUUUGGUAAACAUUUAAAAAUGAGGAUUGUUCAAUUCAAAUAUGGCAACGAUGGAGUGAGGAUAGGUGUGUUAAAUGGGGAUAAAGUUAUUGAAAUAAGUGCUAAUGGUGUGCCCAGUUCAUUGGUGGAGUUUCUGCAGAUUGAAAAUCCUUUGGAGAAACUAAAAAGUCUGGCAGCAAGUUCAAAACAGGAAUACGACAUUUCAAAAGUCAAACUGCUAUCACCAAUAACCAAACCAGAUAAAAUCCUUGGUGUAGCAUCGAAUUACAGAUGCGACUGUAGCAAAAGAAAUAUCCCCUUUCCAAAAGAACCCACUGUUUUUAGUAAAUUUGCUUCGGUCAUCGUUGGACCAUACGACGACAUACCCAAGUCUAUAUCAACGAAUGCCAUGGACUGGGAAGUUGAAUUAGUAGCUGUCAUAGGCAAAAAAGCACAGCACGUCAAAGCUCAAGACGCCAUGGACUAUAUUUUUGGAUACACCAUCACACAAGAUUUAACAGCCAAAGAUUGGGUGAUGAGAAAUGGAGGUCAGCUCGUUAUGUGCAAAGCGUUCGACGGAUUUUGCCCCUUGGGGCCUUGCAUAGUGACCAAAGAAGAGUUAGGAGACCCGUAUGACGUUAGAUUGAAAACGUGGCUCAAUGGAGAGCUCAAACAAGAUGGGCAUUCAGAGAAUAUGUUGCAAAGAAUUGAUAAAAUGGUCGAGUAUUUAUCGAGUGUCAUGACUCUACUGCCCGGUGACCUAAUUUUAACUGGUACCCCCUAUGGAGUCGGCGCUAGUCAAAUACCUCCAAGAUACUUGACUAAAGGAGAUUUAUUGGAAAGUGAAAUAGAUAAAAUUGGAAAAAUGUCAAAUAGGAUAGUUUAGAACUAAAUGCUGUAAAUGACCGUAAUAUAUUUUCAAACAAAUAAAUAAUUUUUACGAUAAAAUGGC